CCAAUCUUAAAGUAAUGAUUCAUUGGAUAUUGGUUACUGGCGGAAGAUUUGACUUGUGUACCUGUCAACAUACAUACAGGAAACAUGGUUGGAACUUCGCACCCUUGUGUAUUAUGCAGAAGAGCCAAGCACACUCAUCCUCAGUAUGUUUUUCACCGUUUUCCGAAGGAAGGAGAGAGGAGCAUCACUUGGCAAAAUGUUGUCAAGUCACCUCACAUUGUGGGUAAAACGGUGGAGCAACUGCAUAGAAGUUACAAAGUCUGCAGCCUUCAUUUUUCACCAAGGAAUUAUGUGAGUGGCCUACCAACCUCAAGAUUAAGGAGUGAUGCUUGCCCAGAUCAAAACCUUGAGAGCAACCAAGGUCCUCCACCUCCUGUAUCCCAGCCUCCUCCACCUGCUGUGGCCCAGCCUCCUCCACCUGCUGUGGCUGAGGCCCUUCUAGCUGCUGUGGCCCAGCCCCCUCCACCUGCUGUGGCCCAGCCUCCUCCACCUGCUGUGGCUGAGGCCCUUCUAGCUGCUGCGGCCCAGCCCCCUCCACCUGCUGUGGCCCAGCCUCCUCCACCUGCUGUGGCCCAGCCUCCUCCACCUGCUGUGGCCCAGCCUCCUCCACCUGCUGUGGCUCAGCCUCCUCCACCUGCUGUGGCUGAGGCCCUUCCAGCUGCUGUGGCCCAAUCCUCCUCCUCACCUCAGCCAGACAAUAUUGCUGCAGCACCAAAUAAAGACACAAUGCUGACUAUAAAAUCAGGAAAGAUGCCGUGCCUUCACCGUCAAGCCAAGGUACACUGCAGCAGGCUUAAAAUGAAAAACAGCGCAUUAUAA